UAUGCAAACAACCAGGAAAUAAAUUAACCAAAAACCAAAUCAAACUAAGCAAGGAAGAAGGUGGUGACCACGAUAACGGGAGCAUGCAGCAGACAUUUUUGCCGUUUUAUUGCUAUUCAAUGGUGAGCUUCAAGUAGUAAGCCAGUGUUACAGUGGAGAAGGGGAGGUUACGGUUGGUGGCAAAACGAACUGAUAUGCCUGUGAUGGGCCCAGGCGUCGUGCAGGUUUAGGAUAUGCAAAGUGUGAAGAAUAAUAUAACCCGUUACACGUGGAACAUUGACGCGCGCGCACACACACGAAUCACGCACAUUCUGCAGAGGAGGGACCCUUUCGAGAGCACUCGAGAACCCGUAGUAUCCUUCAUCCUGUGCUCGCACUACUGGAACACUAUUCGAGACUUAUUCGAUGGAACAAGUUGUAGUGGAGCAAACAGAACAAUGAACAAAAAGCAUCUAAACUACCAACAACAGCUCUUUUGAAACCAAAACUAUCUCUCACUACACUCUCUAGCAAUACUAAAUCAAAAGCCGAAAUGGAAAACUCUUAAACCAAAAACAAAAAAAUCCUAAAACCGAACUAGAGAUCAUGCGACGAUCCGUACGAGUGACCGUAUCCGUGUCCUACAUUAAACAACCUGUUUUAUAUCAUUUCUGUUGGAUGGAAGGAACAGUGUGCGGUGGAUCGGAGGAGAGGAGUUGGUUUUAACUGAAGCGAAAGGUUCAGAAAGGUUAAAGCAUUAGAGAAAAGAAAGGGCGAAGAAAGGAACGGCGAUAAGCAUGUCAAAUUUUACGAUAAGAUAACAAAGUAAAGUGCUAAAGUAAAGUAAAACACGUACGAGGUGGAGGAGGAAGCGCUAAAGUAAUUGUAAAUUGCAAUCGAAUGGAUACACUAUGAAUGGAUGAAGACGCUAAGAACUAAAACUUUUCCUCCUCUCGUUCUCUAGACAAAAACCAGAUCGAUGAUAAACUUUACCCGUUUGAGUUCUUAACGAAUUAUCUUACUAACAAAAUGUCACACUCAGACCAGGAGGAGAGGAGUUGCGAAGAGUGGAACCAAGCGGUGCCCGAACCGAGAGAACCGUUAAAGUACGCAAGCAUGCGAUAUAGUGCAGCAGCUUUCAUUCUUUGUGGCCGCCAGAUCAGCUUACGGAGGAACGUAGGAGGGAAAACCCCCGCGAGGGGAAUGGGAGAAAAUGGUUGAUGCUUUUCGGAAGUUUCACAGCGCAUCAAUAGUACACAGAAGGCCAAUUAGUACAGAAUUCUCAGCAAACGCAUCAACAUCGCCUCGUCGUCACAACCCCGCCUGUAAGAGUCUUCAAUAGUCAGCGACAACGUGAGCACUUUACGAGUACAGCCCUGGUACGCGAAAGGGAGGCAUAUGGCCGCAAAAGAAAGACACGAAUUCAUACACAACAUCCAACAUUAGUCGCUUUUCAUAGUUAAAAAUAAAGAAAUCAGAAAAUAUGGAAUGU